GCCUCUUUCUACAAGGAGCACAACAAGGAUGACCACUCUGUCGACAUCGACCAGAAAUUCAAGUAUGACUACGAUGUACACGGCCACCCUUACCCAGUACCCGUGCCUGCGCACCCCUGGAAACGUGACCCCAGUCGCUCGCAUCCCCCUGCUACCGUGAUCGAUGGGCCUGGCGGUAUCAACAGCGGCAAUGCCGCCGCCAACCCUACGAAGAACGAGCUUGGACUGGCCUACAGCGAGACCAACAUUGACGACCAUUCCGUCGACAUUGACCAGAAGACCAACGUGGACGUUGACAACCACUGGGACUACCCCGUGCCGGUGCCUGCUUACCCUCACCACCCUCACUGGCCGCACCACCUCAAAGCGCGUCAAUUCGGAAACACGGUCAUCGACGGUCCCGGAGGCGUUGACAGGGGCAGUGAUGCCGCUAUUCCCACCAAGAAUGGCUUCGCGUUUGGUUACAGCGAAACCAACAUUGAUGACCACUCUGUUGACAUUGAUACCAAGACGGAUGUGGACAUUGACACAGACUUUCACGCGGUCCCCUACCCUGUCCACUACCACCCUCACCCCCACCAUUUCCACGGACGAGGACUCGGGGACACUGUGAUCGACGGCCCUGGGGGUGUCGAUUCGGGCAAUGGCUUUUCCGCUCCCACUGACAACGAAUUUGCGUCGUUUUAUGACGAGACAAACCUGGACGACCAUUCCUUCACUGGCAAGGCUGCCGCGGAUGUGGACAUUGACAACCACUAUCCCUACCCGUACCCCUACCCUGUCCCGGCCCACAUUCAUCACUGGAAGGCCCGCGCACACUCCUUCGUUCCUCCUUGGAAGGAUGUCACGCUCAUCGAUGGCCCUGGUGGAAUCGACACUGGCAAUGACGCCGAUCUUUCAACGACCAACACCUUCCUGUCGGACUAUGACGAGUUCAACCAAGACGACCACUCUUUCACCGGCAAGUCGGCUGCGGAUGUCGACGUCGACACCCAUGUCCCGUACCCUGUUCCCGUCCCUGCCCCUGGCCACCCUCACCACUGGAAGGCUCGCGGACACCAUGAGCCUCCGGUCACCGUUAUCGGUGGACCCAGCGGCAUCGAUACUGGCAACAGCGCUGAUCUAUCGAGCGUCAACACAGCCAUCAGCGACUAUGAUGAGUUCAACCGUGACGACCACUCGUUCGACGCCAAGGCUAAGGCCGAUUAUGAUCUUCACUACCGUCGCUCUGUCCACGCGCGUCAGUUUGGAACUGAUGUGAUCGAUGGCCCCGGAGGCAUCGAUUCUGGAAAUGGCUUCUCAGCCCCCACGAGCAACCACGCUGUCGCAGGGUACAGCGAAUACAAUGAGGAUGACCACUCGGUUGAUAUCGAUUCCAAGACUGACGUUGAUGUUGAUGGACACUUCCACCCCGUUCCACUGCCUCACCCUGUGCCGGCUCCUCACCCCGUCCCUGUUCCGCACCACCACGAGCAUCCUGGCCCUGGACCAUUCCACGAGUCCCCGGCUGCUCCGGCUCCUGCCCCUGUCGAGGCUCCUACUGGCGAAGUCCAUGUCCCUCAGGAAGCUCUCAAGCCCAACCCUGCUCCUGAGCCCGUUGUCCAGCACAACCCCCAGGGUGAGGAAACGCACCAGGCUCCUCCCUCGGGCGAGGUUCACGCGCCUGUUCCGGAGUACAACCCUCAGCCCCCCAGCCCCCAAACGGAAUCUUUUGAGCCCGCCGUGCACUCUGAACCUGCCCCUCCCCUGAAUGUGCCGAACACGCCCAACACGCCGAGCGACAACACGGAAUCGGACUUUUCCCAGCCCAUUGUGCACAGUACUCCCGAGGCGCCUGCCCCGUCUGUCCCGUCCGUGAACGAGAACAGCUACCAGCCCGCACCCCCAGCUGCCCAUAACUUCGAAUCCCAAGCUGCUCCUUCCACCUCCCUUGUACACGCUGCGCAAACCCAGCCCGACCCUGUCUUCCAUGGCAUGGCUAUCCCUUCAUCCUCUGUCGCUCACGUCGCCCUCGCUUCCACUGUGACCGUGCCCCAGGCUUCGUCUUUCGCUAAGAUCCCCGUCUACGUACCGCAGUCGUCGGCUGUCGUGCCCGCUGCUCACGGUCCCGCCUCUAGCACCGUCGUUGUUCACCCUACCGGCGUUGCCGCGUCCACUCCCAGCUCGGCUUCCUCGAGCGCUGCCAUCGCCUCGCGCGCUGAUACUGUCUUCACGGGCGGUGUUGCCCACCUCACGCCUCACGCUGGCGUCUUCUCUGUCGUGUGUGGUGUCGUUGGCCUGUUGGCCUUUGUCCUGUGA